UUUUUCCCGAUCAGCAUGAACGCCGCACACUUCUCUCCUCAGCCUUAUGACAGUUACACUCUCUCCCGUCGCCAACACGGAAGCAGCAUGGCGUCCGGCAGCGAUGGUGGCUCCGAAAGCCAACAAGUCGCUCAGCAGAGGUUAAGGAUAAUUGCAGGGCAUUUACGAGCACCGGCGGAUAGCGGUUCCGCCAUUGUAGCCGCCGAGUGCAAAGCCCAAGGGAGCGAGGCGGAUGCCGUCCAGCAAGAGAAGAGGACUAUGCCGAGGAGGAGGCAGGAUAUCAUGAAGUGGAACGGUUGGGGCUACAGCGAUUCAAGGUUCCUCUUCAAUAAGAAAGGCCAAGCAGAAUUCACUGGCAAAAGAUAUAGAUUGAGUGGUAUGAUCAUCCCUGGCCUGAAAGACUGGUUUGAAAGCACAUUUGGAGCCAGUCUGCAGCACAAAACUCCGCCAACACCCCUCCUGAACAACAACGCCGUACAAGCUCCCACUCUUAACGAGCCCUUUGUGGACGAUUUGAAAUCCUCUGGCAUUCCCUUCUCUCACGAUGCAGAGGACCGUGUAUUUCGCAGCCAUGGACAUUGCCUACAUGAGAUCUUUGCCAUGCGAGAAGGGAGAUUUGGUCGCCUUCCGGAUGUGGUGGUCUGGCCUAACUGCCACAAUGAUGUCGUCAAAGUUGUGGAACUGGCAUGCAAACACAACGUUUGCGUAAUACCAUACGGAGGAGGCACAAGUGUUUCCAGUGCUCUCGAGUGUCCUGCAGAUGAAGCUCGCUGUAUUGUCUCUCUGGAUACCUCUCAGAUGAACCGCAUUCUGUGGAUCGAUGAGAAAAAUUUAACUGCCCACUUGGAAGCCGGCAUCAUUGGUCAGGAUUUGGAGCGUCAGCUCAACGAGAGCGGCUACUGCACAGGCCACGAGCCGGACUCCAUGGAGUUCAGCUCAGUUGGGGGCUGGGUGGCAACCAGAGCAUCAGGCAUGAAGAAGAACAUCUACGGCAACAUUGAGGAUCUGGUUGUCCACGUGAAGAUGGUGACACCACGCGGGGUGAUUGAGAAGAGCUGUCAAGGCCCCCGCAUGUCUACAGGGCCGGACGUUCACCAUUUCAUCAUGGGAUCUGAAGGAACCCUGGGCGUGGUCACAGAGGUGACGAUGAAGAUUCGACCCAUGCCAGAGUAUCAGAAAUACGGCUCGGUGGUGUUCCCCAACUUUGAGAAGGGUGUCGCUUGUCUUCGAGAAGUUGCCAAGCAGAGGUGUGCUCCUGCAUCUAUUCGGCUCAUGGAUAAUGAGCAAUUUAAAUUUGGUCACGCCCUCAAGCCUCAAGUGUCCUCACUUUUCACCUCCUUUCUGGACGGCCUGAAGAAACUGUACAUCACCAAGUUCAAAGGCUUUGACCAGAAUCGCUUGUGCGUGGCCACCCUGCUGUUUGAGGGAGACCGAGAGAAGGUCCUGCAGCACGAGAAGCAAGUUUAUGACAUUGCCGCAAAGUUUGGAGGCCUGGCAGCCGGAGAGGACAAUGGGCAGAGGGGCUACAUGUUGACCUUUGUCAUCGCUUACCUCCGGGACUUGGGGAUGGACUACUAUGUGAUAGGCGAGUCCUUUGAGACCUCUGUUCCUUGGGACAGGGUUUUGGACAUCUGCCGGAACGUCAAAGCUCGCAUCGUAGGAGAGUGCAAAGACAAAGGAGUCCAGUUUCCGCCAUUGUCCACAUGCAGGGUGACUCAAACAUACGACGCCGGCGCUUGUGUCUACUUUUACUUCGCCUUCAACUACAGGGGCCUGGCUGAUCCAGUGCACGUGUAUGAACAAGUCGAGCACGCCGCUCGAGAGGAGAUCCUUGCCAACGGGGGCAGUUUAUCGCAUCAUCAUGGAGGUAAGACAAGCUCACGUGGAUUCUCAUUUGCAUCACGGGAGCGUUCUUAUGCAUGCGCACGUCUCAACGUGCAAGAUCUGUGUGACACCAUGACAAACCACAAGCACAAUCCCAACACAGAAGUCUGCAAUUGUGCCGGUGUAUCUGUUGUUGUGAUCAUUAUUCUUAUUUUAUACGUGCGUUUAGCGGGUCAGAUCCCGAUAAUCUUUCUGAUUUUAAUCAUGUUUCCUCUUCCGAAUGAAGGGGGAGUCACUGGAGUUAGCAGACGAGCUAAAAGUUAGCCUAGCGUCUUCUAUUUCUUCCGCGACUACUACCACUCUUUGCUCUUCU